AUGGGGGAAUCCUCUCGAUCCCGCUCCCUCCCUGUAGGAUACAUCUGGAAAGAAAGCAAAUCCCACCCUGGGCAGGACUUGCCCCUUUUGCAACUCUUGGGCCCGCCUCUUGAGGAGGGUCUUGGUCCAUUCCCCCCGCCUUCCAGCCGGGCUGUGGGACAAGGGCCCCCCGAGCGCCACGGCGGCAGCUGCUGCGCCAGGAUCGGGACCAUGCCAGCCCUACGGAUGCCGCCCCUUCUCUGGCCAAGGAGCCUUUGCAGGCGCCCCGCCGGGCCUCCGACGGCGAGCGCCCCUAGGAGGCUGGGCGCUGUGGCCGGCGGAACAGCGCCCGGGCGGCGGCUGGACCUGCGGGGCGUCUACCCGCCCCUGACCACCCCCUUCGCCCCGCAGGGAGAGGUGGAUUACGCCCGUCUGGAGGAGAACACGCGCCUUUACGAGAAGAUCCCCUUCCGAGGUUUUGUGGUGCAGGGCUCCACUGGAGAGGCCCCCUACUUGACACAGCAGGAACGUCUGGAAGUGGUGAGACGGUUGCGGCAAGCUGUGCCCAAGGAAAAGCUGCUACUUGCUGGGUCUGGAUGUGAAACAACUCGGGGCACUAUUGAGAUGACAGCGCAAAUGGCGGACAAAGGGGCUGACGCUGCUCUUGUGGUGACUCCGUGCUAUUACCGGGGGAGCAUGGCCAGCGCUGCCUUGAUCCAUCAUUACAUGGAGGUGGCUGAAGCAUCUCCAAUCCCUGUGAUACUCUACAGUGUCCCAGCCAAUACUGGUCUGGAGCUUCCCAAUGAUGUGGUGCUCACCCUGGCACAGCACCCCAACAUUGUGGGGAUCAAAGAUAGUGGUGGCAAUAUUACCCGCUUGGGGCUGCUUGUCCAUAAAACCAAGCAUGAAGACUUCCAGGUACUGGCGGGAUCUGCUGGUUUUCUGCUGGCCAGUUACAUUGUAGGUGCUGCUGGAGGAAUCUGUGCCCUCGCCAAUGUGCUUGGUACACCUCUUUGUCAACUUGAGAGUCUGUGCCAUAAUGGAAGCUGGGACAAGGCCCGUGAACUGCAGCACAGACUCAUUGAGCCAAACUUAGCAGUGACUAGCAAAUUUGGAAUCCCAGGCCUCAAGCAGGCCAUGGAAUGGUUCGGUUACUCUGGAGGCCUCUGUCGUGCCCCCUUGCUCCCAUUAAGCAAGACACAAGUGACGGAGCUGCACCAGGAUUUCAGCUCUAAUGGCUGGCUGUGAAGAACAAAUCCAUUCCAUGCAAUAGCCAGAACC